GGGUGACUGCGCAACGCGGCCGCAGCGGCGCUUGUCCCUCUCGGCGACCCGUCGGCAGCGACGCUGUUGCCACGGUGACAACGCUCCCGUUGGACCUCCCACGAGGCUCCCCGCGCGGGCUCGGCUGCGGGGAAGCUUCGACCCGCUUCCCCGCGCAGUCAGGAGGUAGGGACGCACCCCGAGCAUCCGGCGGCGCCCCGUUGUAGGAUGGAAAGCGAGGGCGACAGUUGUUCGUGGGCAGGGAGCGAAGACCACGAGGUCGUCUGCGAAAAGCGUCUGUUUAAGUCCAGGUUGCCGGAGUGCCUCGCCCAGGUGGCGUGCAGUCACCAGCACUGCGCCUUCCCGCUGAAUCGGAACGAGCUGUGCGUCUGGAAUACAGCUGGCAGCCCCGCUGCACAGCCAUUACGUUUGUUAGGACAUCAGCACUCAAUUUCUGCACUGUCAUUUGGAAGUAAAAUCAAUCCACUUCUCGUCUGCUCAGCUUCCCGUGAGCGUGUGGUAGUGUGGAAUCUUGAUGAAUGCACACAGAAACUGAAAGAAGGGUUAACACCUCAAGGAAUUAUUAUUGGAACUCUUCUGAGAUUGGUGCUUCAUGUGAGGUUUAGUCCAGAUGAUCAACAAGUGGCGGUAUGUGCUGGAAGUCGAAUCUACAUGUUAAGUGCAAAGAAUGAAGCUAUACUAGUUGAAUUGAAUGGCCACCUGGCUCCAGUGACUGCUGCUGAGUUUUGCACAUGGGAGAAAAAUAUGCUUAUAUCAGUGUCUGAAGACAGAAGCUUUAAGGUAUGGGACUAUUCUACUGGAUUGUUAAUGUAUCAGUCAGGAGUAUUAACAGGAUUUCCUUUGCUAAGUCUGCUAAUUGAUGAAGAAAAGAGACAGAUCAUCACUGGAUGUGCUGAAGGACAGCUUUGGAUCUUCAGUUUAAUCAGUGAUCAUAAUUAUCGUUGUGUGGCACGUAUUGACUUAAAGAAAGAGCAAGAGAAAUUCUACAAUAAAAUCUGGAAAUCUGAAGAAGAAUUAGGUGAAAGGCAAAAUGCUUCUGAGCUUUGCAAAACAAACAGCAUGAAACCAAAGGGGUCAGUGGAAACAUCAUUGCCUGUCCUCCUAAUUGAACACUGUGACUAUUCAGUAUGUUUCCAUAAUGGAGGAAAUAUGUCCUGUGCCCUGAAUAGAAGCUAUUUUUGGAUAGGAACCUCUGCUGGCUUGUUAUUAAUAAAUCUAGCAAACUUGGAAUUGGAAGCAUUUUUAUGUUACAAAGAUUACAGUGGCCUCAGCAUUCGAUUUGCUAGAUUGUGUUCAUUAAUGAAGAAAGCGGUUAAUGGAAAGGUUUUAUGCUUGAUCACCUCGAUAUUUGAAGACAUGAUUGCUGUAUUGGAAGUUAACCUUGCUUUGUUGGUGACAUCUCAGCAGAGUGGUAUUCUUAAAAGUGGAAAUGAGGAGAGUCUAUCAGUCAUUGCCAGGUGUCCUCUGUUGCCAAGAUCUCCAUUGUGUACAAAUUUAAAUAAAAAUAAAAAACAUCCAAGUAAAACACAUGGAGUGAAAAGCACCGUGAAAGAUCAACCAUUGGUUUUUCAUAAUAAAAUUAGGUCAUCAGGCUAUACAGCUGCACCACAAAUGACCAUGUUUUCUCCAAAUACUAACCUGAAGAAAAAUAAUGUAUCAAAGUGCAAGACCAGUUUUAAAUGUGCAAAUCAAGAAUAUCCAGUGGAAAGUUCUCCUCCAAUCUACCAUGAGGCAGAAAUAUCUGUUAGUUGUAAACCAACUCGAAUUUGUUGCAUUCAGUAUUCUGGGGAUGGAAAUUAUCUGGCUUGUGGGCUGGCUAACAAGACUGUACUGAUAUUCAACUCCGAUCUCACCAACACACAUCAUGUUUUUGGAGGUCAUGAUGGUGCAGUGAACUCUGUUGGCUGGAGUCAUGACAAGAAGUGGAUAGUUUCUGCGUCGGAUGAUAGAACUGUAAGGGUCUGGUCAGUCUGCAAGAAUGAGCCUGCCCUAAUUCUGGGAAAAGAAAUGUUCCACAGGGCUGUAGGCUUUGCACAGUUUUAUUUUAUGGAUACAUUUAUCUUGCUGUGUUGUGGAGCUGAAUUUCAUCUAUUAAGUUUCCACCUAGAUGCAACAAAGGAUGAUCUAAGACGAUACAAACAGAAAAGUAUUUGCAGAUUGGUACAAAAAUUUCCCAUGGCUUCAACAACAGAAAUCACCAGCCUUUCAGCAGUGAAUGAUUUCUACUCAUAUAUUGUACUUACAGCUGGCAGUAACCGAGCACUGGAAGUUUUUGAUCUCAAUGCAGGCUGCAGCACAGCAGUGAUACCAGAAGUUCACACUAGAGCUGUCCAUCAGAUCUGUCAAAACAAGGGAUCAGCAUUCAGCACUCAGAAACCUGAAGCUUACAACCUUUUCAUGACCACAGCUGUAGGUGAUGGCAUCAAACUCUGGGAUUUAAGAACUCUCAAGUGUGAACGUCGAUUUGAAGGCCAUGGUAGCCGCUCCUACCCAUGUGGAAUUGCAGUAUCUCCUUGUGGGAAGUUUAUAGCCAGUGGAUCAGAUGACAAGUGUGCUUACAUAUAUGAGAUGCAUUCGAAUACCUUUUCAUAUAAACUGGGAGGAUACACAGAAUCUGUCAUUAAUGUGGCUUUUAGUCCCUUUUCACCACAGCAUCUACAUAUCUGUGUUUCACCAUUCUGAUAUCACAGUUUGACACCACCGCAAACAAGGAAUGGACAUUUGUAGUUCAUCUAGUCCAAUCCAUCUGCUUAAGUGGAGUCACCUACAAAUGGUUGCUCAGGAUCACAUCUCUGCAACUUUUGAAUAUUUCUGAGGGUAUAGACUCCAUAAUCUCUCUGGGAAAUCUGACAGACAUCUGAAUGUUUUAUGAUAUUGAAGACUGCUUUCAAUAUUCUGAAAUUUUGCUGAAAUCUUUCUCUAUUGCCCCUAAUUUAAAAUGCAAUAGACAAAAGAAACAUGUGGAUAUGUGGUUUGAAAAAAACAAACAAACAAGAAGCAGCCAGACUAACAGCUGUCCUCUAGUUUGUGCAAAUUUGCAUCUGCUGCACAGGACUUGAACUGAGGUGGCAGAAGGAUGCAGAAGAUGCUAUGUUGUAUUGUUAGUCCAGCCAUGUAAGUUUUGAAGAGGAGUCCUUAGAAAGAGCAAUCAUGGAAAAACUUAAACUCUUUCCUAGUUCCCAGCCUAAUAACCAAAUAAGGAAAAACUUGGAUCAGACUUCUUAUUGAAGACGUAGGGACAGAAACACUCUGCAGAAUGAAUCUUGAUAAUACAUGCAACAAAUCCAUCUCUCUUGAUCUAAAAUAUUCUUUUUAUUCCAUUACUACCCUCUGGAAGCGAGUAAACGUUGGUGCAGGUUAUUGUUUGGAGUCACCUGGAAUGGCACUGAAAUAUCUGUUGUGCAUGUAACUGCAGCCAUAUGCCAUAACAUACCGGAGGUUCUCUGUUCUCUUUCUAGCAUCAGUUUCUCUGAUAUGGUAUCAGUGCUUGUUGAAGAUCUUCUACCAUGAGGAGCUGUGAUUUUAAUAGUACCUAAAAAAUUGUUAGUUCUUGUGCAGAAGAGCUUGCCAUUUUAAUUGCAAAUAUAUAAGGAGAACAUGCAGUGAAACAUUCAGAAGCAAGAACACCCUUAUGGAUCCCAGUAGUCAAUCAGCUGUUACAACAGCAUAGCUCAUAAGGAAAUAUUUUCAGGAAAAUGUUCUAGACCUUGAAUACCAAGUGAAGUGAGUUUUCCACUUCCCAGUCCAUGAUAAGACCCUGAACCCUGGGAAAGGACAGGAGUUAAGGCAUAUCCUUGAUUUUAUCAAUUCCCUGUUGGCUCUAUUUUCAAACAGUUCCCUGUUCAGCAUGCUGCUUUUACAGAUUUAAUUCUGAGGAACAUAUCUUUUCAUAUGCCCUUUUAUGGAGUCCUGAGAUGGUUUUAUUGACAGUUGCAUGGUCAAAUUUUGUGGUAGAAAGAUCAUUUGCAACUGAGAUAUAACUGUCAAUCUUAUCAGUUAAACCAAUGGAAAUUUGGAACAACAGUAAAAUUACCCUGUUCAAAACUGGGCAGAGAUGAAAAUAUGUUCCAAAGUAUCUCAUUGUUCUUACAAGUGAAAUAUUUUUGUGACGUUCAUAUUCUACAUUUCAACCCACUCAAGAUUUUUCAGCAGAGACAAUUCUUUGUGAGUCUCUGAUAGUGUCUACCAAGCAGAUUUAGGAAUACCUAAAGCUAGUGAUAAUAUUUCUUGGUGAGAUAAAUCAUGAACAUAUAGAGAUUAGAUCUAACCUUUUGUGAUUGCUGGUGACUGUCCUUUUAAUUCCAGUUGCAGCAGGAUUUCACUCAGGAAUGCUGACAUUUCCCUGCUUUUUUACCAGAAGGAAAUUUUAGCAAAGAAGCAUUCAUUUUGAAUAUGACAUCUCAAAAAGGAAAUAUCAGAUAUAUAAGUUCACAGGCUGUUUAGAUACUGUAAAUUUUGAAUAAAUAGUACAAGAAGGGGAUAUGUUAUUCUAGCAACAAAAGGUUGUAACAAGUUCAGUGCUGCUGUUGUGUGGGUGAGCCAGAGAAGCAAGACAUUGUUAAUUCCCUGAGCAUAACAUCCUGAAGCAAAACAGCUGGAUUUUACUCUGUGUUUUUAUGUUAAUUGAUAUUUAUUCAGAAAGAUAUAGCAAUAUUGACAUAGCACUUUUGUUUAAAUGCAGAUUCCAUUGUGGGUUCGGUAGGAAAUACUCUGAAAUGUUGUAUUUGGCUGUAUUGAACUUGAGACAUGCAGUGAGUGAUUUGACUUCCUUAUGAUCAAAUGUUCAGCAGACAGCUAGAACCAUUACUUUUUUCUCAGACUCAUUAUGUUUAUGUGAAAUCAAUUUCAAAUGGUGUUUACAACAUUGAAAAUACUGUAUUGUUUCUUUUGUUUGUUUUUUUGUUUCUUUUUCCUUCAUCAUUCCCUAUCCACUAAAAAUUUCUUCACUCUUCCUUUCUUCUACAUCUAAACAUGUUAAAAGAAGUUUACCAGGAAUAUAUUUUUACUUUCUUGUAGAUAAACAGAGUGAUACAUCAAUAUAUAGUUGUAAUUAAAAUUGGAAAAACUGAAUUUAUUUGAAAAGGCUGAAUAAUUCUGAUGGAGGACUACUUUAAUAAUGUAGAUACAGUGUAUUUGCCUAUUUCUGUCAUUGUUGCCUCGCAAUCUUGCCAAUGGCAAGUCAAAAAUCUAUAUUUUAUAUUGAAAAUUAUUUAACAUUGAAAUAUUUGAUUCAGUCUGAAUCUGAAAGCAAAGGACACUAAGCUAGAUUUCUGAAUGAUGAUGUAGGUUUAUGUGAGGCAUGAAAUGUAGCUGUGGUCUGUAAUGAAGUUUACUUUCUAUUCACGAAACAUACACAGUAAUGAAUUUCCUUCAUUGCUAUGCAUCAGUACCUUGAUCCUGACCAGGGUGUAUCAUUUCUGGCAAAGAAAAGUGUAGUUCAGCCUCUGUAAUCUCACAUCUAUUUCCUCAGCAUUGCUAUCUUCUUUAUACAGACAUAUAUGGACACAUAUAUGAACACAUUCCCACUAGCAGAGUAAGCCACCCACUUGUGUAGAAAUGAGUAAUGCUUUGUAUCUGAUAAGUCCCAGACUGAAUUUGAGUUAGUUGCUUUAAGUAUCAGGCUAUGUGGAUCUUCAAGUAGACCCCAAGGUGUCACUUACCAGAAUGGAGUGUCUGUUGAGGCAGAAUUUUAUGAUGGAACCAGAUUUAAUAAAGAUUAUGUGAAAAAAAAAUAAAGUAAUUAAUAAGUUCUUUUCUAAGUUCACUUUUUAUUGCUAAGCUGUUUGGGAGUUUUAAUAUGUCUGUUCUUUCACACUUCAGCUUUCUUUAUCAUGCUACGAAAUCAGCUACUAAUACUGAUAUUUCAAUGGGAAAGAUAUGAUGUCACAAAGCCCAAGCAAAUACAAGGAUUUAAUUCAAAAAUAUAAACUCUGAAGAAAGAGGACACUACAGAAGUGAGCAAAGGUCACACAAAAGGAAGGAAAAAAUAAAGGCAAUUUAUUUAAGUUCAUGACAUAAGUUUUACACAGAACAUUCACCCGCCAGUUCCGUCAAACACUGUAUAUGAGAGUGCUUAAAACAUGUUAUAAAGAAUUCUCCAGUGUCAUCACAGCUCAAUCCAUGCUUUUAUUCAGUCUGGCCCUUUAAAACUUUUCUGUUAUUUAUUCAGUCAUGUCCUUUUGUUUGUGUUCUAGCAGCUGGGAUUUGAUGUAUUGAUGUGUACUUACGUAAGGAACAUUUACCACCACUUUGUCCUAGCGCUCUGCACACAUCAGGGUUUACUGCCAAAAUGGCAUGUUUUCUGGAAUGGAAAUAUUUAAUAUGGUCUAUUAAAAGAAAAAUGGUAUUUGGGGGCCUAUGUAAGUUGUCAUUACUAAUGCGGUAGCAAGAAAGAAACUCGAUUUUUUGAUUGCUGCUAGUUGUAAAGAAUAACUCUGAAUUAUUGUGUUGUUUUACUUAUUGGCUUUUUUAUAUGAAGUUCUGAUCUAAGGCCCCUUGAAGUUAGAGGAAAUUCACUGGACUUAACAAAUAUUGUCUUACCUUUCAAAUCUGGAAAGAGUGCAGGGCUUUUCAUACAUUCCUACUCUGUAUCACACCCAUCUUCAUAGCAUUUGCAUUGUUGUGGUGUUGAAUGCUCUUCCUACAGUGGUACAAGCUUUAUAACUACCUUCUGUCAUAUUUGUUUCUUCAUUUAGCUUUAGAGGCAGAAAAGUAUGAAGUGGAUUUCAUUCUUUUAGGUGAGGAUUUUUGGUGGUAGCUUAUUUUUCUUUAUUGUCUUCCUGGGGAUUUUUAUUCACUUACACAGAUUCUUACCUAUGCUUGAGAAGGCAAAGUUAAGCAAAUGAGAUCCAUUACAGGAGUUUGCAGUUAUUUAGGAUAGCUUAUUCUUUCAGACUUUCUUCAUCAGUACUAUAUUUAAAUGCAAAAGUUUUGUGAUGUUAGUAUAGAAGCAAGAAGAUAAAUAUAAAAUUGAUUCCCAAGCUGUAUUUAAGUCAAGUAAAUUUCACACCUCAGAAAGAGGAAAAAUGAGAGCAUAUCAUCUACGGGUACUAUGAACACAAAGAAGCCUUCAGGUCUUGAAUGACAUUACCUGUACUCUCUAUGUUUUUGUGUGCGUGGAGUUUAUACCUCAAGGAAUUAUGAUUAAAAACUGCUAACCUGUUUUUAUAUUUUCUUUUCAGUUCCUGUUUCUGCAAUAGGAUAUCUGUUUUAACAGUAAAAAAUUCUGUACUUUCUGUGAAAAAAACAUCAUGUGGCUUUGAUGUAACUGAUUGCAUUCUUAGAGUAUAGCUGACAGAUUAAAUAGUCAUCUUUCAAGGAAAAAAAAAAGAUCUUUUCAUAAUUCUAUGUACAUAUCUUCUCUUCUUGUGUUAAACCAUAAAGCCAGAGUUGGUAAAUCCUUCAUGUACUACAGAUCUUCAGGGACAAAGGUAGAAGGCUACAUUGCAUUAGACAUCAUGUUCAGAAUAGGAAAAAUAUAAUAAAAUUCAUUUCCAUAUUGUCUCCUAUUCCUGUUGCUCGUGAUUAUUGCUGUCAAACCAAUGCAGAAUUCAAGAGCAUCUGUUGUACUGGCGGUUCUAUUUUCACUGAUAAACACUAGUUUUCAGUGGUAUUCCUGUCAGUUUCACUUCAGCCACACCAUUUGUCUUCUGACAAUUGUAUAUAGCAGCUACAAUUGUGCCACUUGUAAAUUCAGAGGUCACGUGUACCCAUUCCAAGAUGAUGAAAACAAAAAUCUGUUGUUGUAGGCAUUGAC